AUGGGAGAGGAACUCACAAAUGAUUCAUGGACGUGGAACAAGAAUGGUGAGAAGCGAAUCAAAAGUUCUCAAUUUUUGAGGGACUACUAUAAGUGUGCUACAUUAAAAGACUGCAAAGCAAAGAAACAAAUUGAGAAAAGCCCAAGGGGUGAAAACCUUUUCUUAGUGACCUAUUAUGGUGAACACAAUCAUCCUCCACCCAUUAACCGUAGGUCUCACGCUGGUUGGAAUGGAAGUGCGAAACACAAUCUUCCGAAAGGCAUAAAUAUUGUGCCCAAAGCAUUAAGUUUGAAUUCAUCAACGUCGUCGUCGUUCAAACGCUCUAAACGUUCCAAGGUUGUUGCUUCUCCAAUCGGCCCAACUAUGCCUAUGAUUGAAAUUGAGAGCGCAUCCCCAAACAAAGACAAAAUGGUGGUUAUGGCGACGGAGAACAAAGGUGAUGACAGAGAGGAGAAAAACGUUGUUUUGAUUCCUGACAAAUUCGUGAGUGAAGAUAUUCUCGUGGGCUUUGAAGAACUCAAUGGAGUUACUACUUCCACCUAA